AUGGCCACCGCCACCGUAAAACCCCCGAAACGCUUCAUCCCCCUCGAAAACAACCCCGAAGUAAUGACCACCCUCCUCCACACCCUCGGCCUCUCUCCGACCCUCCAAUUCCACGACGUCUACAGCAUCUCCGACCCGGACCUCCUCUCCUUCGUCCCUCGUCCCGCCCACGCCCUCCUCCUCGUCUUCCCCGUCUCCCAAACCUACGAGAAAUUCCGACACGAGGAAGACGCCUCCAAAACCGAGUACGAAGGCAGCGGGGACAGCGAAGAAGUGGUGUGGUACAAGCAGACGAUCGGGAACGCGUGCGGGCUGAUUGGGCUGUUGCAUGGGGUGAGCAAUGGGGAGGCGAGGAAACAGGUGCGGGCGGGAAGUGCGCUGGACGAGUUGAUACGGAAGGCGGUGCCGCUGAAGCCGCGCGAGCGGGCGGCGUUGCUGGAGGAGACGGAGGCGCUGGAGACGGCGCAUCAGGCGGCGGCGCAGACGGGAGAUAGCGCGGCACCGAGCGCGGACGAGAGUGUGGAUUUGCAUUAUGUGUGUUUUGUCAAGAGUGCGAAGGGGGAUUUGUGGGAGAUGGAUGGGCGGCGGAAGGGGCCGUUGAAUCGGGGGAGUUUGCCGGAGGGGGAGGAUGUGUUGGGGCCGGAGGCGUUGGAGAAGGGGGUGAAGGCGUUCUUGAAGAGGGAGGAGGAGGCGGGUGGUGGGGAGUUGAGGUUUAGUUUGAUUACGUUGGCGGAGGCGCUGGAUUGA